AUGCCUGUCACGAUAAAGCCUCAACCUGAAAAGGUCGGUAGCAACACCGAUCCUAUUGCGACGUCUUCUCAAGAAUUGUUCCAUCAAAUAUCGAAAUCAUGGACGAUUGAAUUAGAUGGAGAAGACAUCCUUGGAGACACGAUCCUGAGCAACAAGAAGAUAGGCCCUGACGAUCGCCCCAUUGUGCACUCAUCGCUUGUCGACCUAGAUCAACCAAGUGGUCACGCCCUUGUCCCAUAUGGAAACGGCUUCGUUGAAGGCAUUCUACGAGCCUUCCAGCAGGAUCUACAUCUAGUUCUACGUCCAGAUGAUGUAUGGCUCGCCAUUCUUCUCCAGUUCAGCCUCUUCGUGAACAGCAACUCUGACGAUUUGCGACACAGAAUCGUUCGGCACGAAGGAAAGGAAACAAUAAAUAUUGUCACACCUUCUUCAUCCCUCAGAGAACUUGAUCUUGAUUGGAUUUCCGAGAAAAUCAUUUCCAAAAUGCAAGGAUUCCUUGCCGAUGAGGAAAUCGUCGAAUGGUUACUCCCACAGUUCAGCACUUCGACAAUACAGGAUAAGACAGUAGCCGCGAUGGCUCUUAUGGCUACGAUGAAGUCAUAUUUUGAGUACAGAAUUACCUUAGGCUGUGGCUUCCCAUCAGUCACUUUAGAGGGCACGAAAGAGGACUGGGAAGACAUCUCCAAAAGGGUCCACAGAUUUGCCCAGUAUGGCAUGGAACCCAGUCUUUGGUCGACUUAUCUUGGCAAGAUUCUUGACAAGAUGAUUACAAGUUUUGAUAGGCCAGAAGACCCACAGAUUAAGGACUUUUGGAUGCAGGCUUGUCAUGCAGCUGGGUACGAAGGCUCUGGAGAUAUUGAGACCCUCUCCGGCUGGAUAACCGCUUUCUGCUUUUGGGACGAGAACGGCAUGAUCCGGGAAUAUAGCGACAGAACUCUGGCGUUGCUUCCUUCGGAUAUAGACCAUAAGCGAUUGGUCCUCGACGACAUAUCGUUUCCAAUUAUCCGACGUUCAGACAUCCCUAAAUCUGUCUCCGAUGUCCCUGUCGUUAUCGAUGAUCUGGACUCCGGGCUUACGUAUUAUACAACUCUGAUCUCUGGCUUGUUGGGAAUGGAAGGAACGAAAGCUGAAAAUGCUUUUGAUUCUGGCUUCACUCAAUUCCAACCUAGAUCGGGCUGGUGGAUGGUCAUGGACAGGAUGGAGCCCAUGAUUUCUGUCAAUCCUACGACCCCAGCCAUCUUGUUCCCAAGCCCUUCCCUUCCUCUGGUAAACAGUAUGUGUACGCUAUAA